AUGCACGAUGCAGUACUGGAUGCAGUACGUGAGAUUGAGAGCGUACAGAAGGAACCUAAAGACCCGCACAUGAUUCAGAGCAGGACACCAGCAGCUCCGGCCCGAAUUGUCGAGCGUCCCCCUCCGAGACAGCAGCAGCAGAACCCGCAGAGGCAGCAGAAUUCUCAGCGUCAGCCAUUUCAUCAGGCUCACCCUUAUCAGCAUCCUGGAGUGCAGUCUCAGAGCCUGUCUUCGGUGAGGUGUUCUUAUUGUAGAUACCCUGGGCAUACCGAGCAGGAGAGUCGCAGACGUCAUCAUCUGUGCUAUGCUUGUGGAUCCUCCGACCAUAUCAGUCGAGACUGUCCACAGCGACAGCAGGCCCGCUUGCCCCCACCUCCAGUUCGAGCGGCUCUUCCAGCACCACCUCGAUCAGACUCAGCAGCUCCAGCUCAGCACGGACCUUAUCCUCGAGUAGGGCCUCUUCCUCAACAGCAGUAG